AGGAGAUACGGCGACCGAUCGCAGGAAAAUUUUGCCGUUAUCUCUGAAGCGAGAUUUAGUGAAUGAACGAACGUUGAAUGUGAGAUGUGCACCACUUUUAGUAAGUGAAGUGGUCUUGCAAUUUUGACUGUUGCAAAACAAAAAUGACGGAAGGCAGCGAUGAAUGUUCAAAAGGUGCUUGUUCAACUGCUGCUAAAGAGACAUCGCGACGUCUGAACGCUUUAACCAAAACCGAAAUUCCAGAAAACAAAUUGAAAAAAGAAGAAUUCCGGCCAAGAAUUCGAUGGCCUGAUUUAACAGUACAAGUAUUUAUUCAUGUAGGAUGUUUAUAUGGACUGUAUUUGUGCCUUGUGUCUGCCAGAUUAUACACAACACUUUUUGCAUUCCUAACGAUAUACCUCUCAGGGUUUGGCAUCACCGCGGGUGCUCAUAGAUUAUGGUCACAUAGGGCUUACAAGGCCAAAUGGCCACUUAAGAUACUUCUACUCAUCUUAUUUACGAUUACGGGUCAGAGGCAUGUCUACGUCUGGGCAUUGGACCAUCGAGUUCACCACAAAUACAGCGAAACCGACGCCGAUCCACAUAAUGCGAAACGCGGUUUUCUGUUUUCACACGUCGGUUGGCUUGUUCUAACCCCUCAUCCUGAUGUUGUCGAAAAACGAAAAGCCGUCGAUAUGAGCGACUUGGAAGCCGAUCCGCUCAUAAUGUGGCACAAAAAAUUAUAUCCACCACUAUUUUUCCUGUUCGUUAUUUUUCUACCAGUUUUUACCCCCGUGUAUUUUUGGAACGAAACAAUUUGGAAUUCGUUUUGGGUGAAUUUUAACGCCAGAUUUUGUAUCACUUUAAACAUCGCAUUUUUCGUGAACAGCGUUGCGCAUAUGUGGGGCCAGAAACCUUACGACAGAUAUAUAAGUCCAGUGGAAAAUUUAGCAGUGUCUUUGGCAGCGUUGGGUGAAGGUUGGCAUAACUACCAUCACGUCUUCCCAUGGGAUUACAGAACUGGAGAACUUGGAAAUAGCUACAACCCAUCUACCACGUUUAUUGAUUUCUUCGCAAAAAUUGGAUGGGCUUACGACUUGAAAUUCGCUUCGAAUUCGAUGAUUGCAAGAAGAGCGAAGAAAAGUGGCGAUGGAAGUCACAUUUGGGGUUACGGAGAUGCAGAUAUAGAAAAAGAAGAUUUAGAAGAACUGAAUAAAAUGGAGGAUUUUAACUGAUUAAAGUCAAUGCCAGUAAACAGUAUUAGCCAGUAUAAAAUAAUCCCUAGAGUUUUUGUCAGUUGCUUUUUUAGCUGAAUUUUUAGUGCUGUUCUUUUUUGAAAAAUUUACAAAGCCAAACGGUGCCAUUUAGGCAGCAAUGCUUUUGAAAGUUUUAGUUUUGAGUCACAAAGCCAACAAUAAAGUUUACUUACUUACUUAAACAUUCUUGAACCGGUUUUUUAAAUCCAGUUCAACUUAAAAUGUUUUGUGACUUUAUUUUACUUACAGCCACAGUUGUAUGGUGGGGUUGAUUCAAGGAAAUCUUGCAAUGAAAUCGGAAUUAGAAUAAGUGUUUCCUUGAAUGCGCCAGUGACUUACAUAAUUUGUUUUUGUUUUCUUAUUAGAUUUAUGGUGUUUUUUGUUAAGUCUGAACAUACCUAUAUAAUAUAAUAAAAAAGUUUGAAAAACAA